AUGGCGGCGAUGCUUGUCCUCUCAUCUGGAGCUCUGCUUGCAAUGGCAGAAACCGGCACUAACAAGGAAAAAGAUUUCGAUUGCCAUCAAUUCAUCAGUGAUUCCGCUGCUAAGUACCAGAUGCGUUUGAAUGGUAUCCACACGGAAUCGGAAAAUGUGUCUUUGAGCGGUAUUCGCCUGAAUACUCUAUUCAAACUCGUUUCUUUGAAAAUCGCUUCCGGCGGCUACAUCACUAUAACGGCCGGGACCGAAUCAAACUACGAAGAAUAUGGUAGUGAGAGUCACGUGACAGGUCACAAGGUCCACGUCUCGUCCAACAGCAAAUUAGACGGCUACAUACACAAAUUUGCAAGGGAAAACAAAAAUUAUUUUUUAGAGUUAGUCGGAGAGGACCGUGCGAUGUAUAGAGACAACAGUUUGCGCGGCGAGUACAAGUGGGUUGACCAAUUUUGGGACAUCUUGUAUCAUGAGCAUGGAGAAAUGGACACCAAGAAAUUUAAAAAAUGA